AUCCCAUUCAUCUAAUAAAAGCUUUGUCAUCUCUAACUUUUCAAAAUUCUUCUUUUAUACCCUUGUUCCUUUACCUCUGAAUACCAUGCAACCCUCCUCUAUGGAUGAUGAGAAGAAUCCUGAAUUGUCGCAGACAUUAACUACUUCAUUAGCAUCACCUGUUCCUGCUGUCGUGGAACAAACUGGAGACACUGAUGUUUCAAAAACAAUCCAAGCAUUAUCAAGGAAGAAGAAAUCUACUGAUUUGGCAUGGUACUGCCUGUUUUGGAUCUGGUCCUGCAAAAGACGCCCUACACAACUCAUGAUCCAACCCACAGAUCAUGGUCCAGGGAAAUCUACUGGUGACCCAACCCAUCUAGCUUUGUAUAUUCCACCUGAGAUGGCAACUUCACUUUCUUUUUAUAAAAUCCACUGCCAUAGAAGAAAAAUCCUAGAAAAGAAUAAGCUCCACCCAGCAGAGUCCACAGUUUGCACUUUCCAUGACUCUUUUACUUUUGCAUUCACAUGGCUUGCAGUUUUUGCUUGGUAUAACACAGAAUUCUACAAUCCUAAUAAAGGUAAACGUGAGCUCAAUCAACUUCUAAAGUCAAAUAUGGCUCGCUCUCACAGUAGUUCCCAAGCUGGUGAUGUAGACCUUUCCCAAAGAUCAAGGAGAAGAAAGAGGGCCACAACUGGAGAAAAUUUAGAAUCAUCUUCAGGUCAAGGUUCUGAUAAAGGGAAAAGAGCUUUAUACCACUGCAACUAUUGCAACAAGGACAUCACAGGACAGGUCCGAAUUAAAUGUGCUGAAUGUGCUGAUUUUGAUUUAUGUGUACAGUGCUUUUCAGUUGGAGCUGAGUUGACACCUCACAAAAACAGCCAUUCUUACAGGGUUAUGGAUAAUUUAUCUUUCCCAGUUUUCUGCGCUGACUGGAAUGCAGAAGAUGAAACAUUGCUUCUAGAGGGACUUGAGAUGCAUGGAUUUGGAAACUGGGCUGCAGUUGCCGAGCAUGUCGGCACAAAGAGCAAAGAAGAGUGCAUUGAGCACUAUACAAAUGUAUAUUUGAACUCCCCAUGCUUCCCUCUCCCGGACAUGUCUCAUAUGGCUGGGAAAAACAAAGAGGAGCUCAUUGCCAUGGCUGAAGUAAAUGGGGAAGACAAGAAAGAGGGAGAGUCCAAGGCAUGCUCUAGCAAUGCAGCCAACACUGUCCAUACUGAAGAUGGCCUUGGUGCUAUUAAAAUGGAAGAUCCUCAAGCUGGCAGAAAUUUGAAGGGGAAGAAACAAAGCUCUUCAAGAAAUGAUGACCAGUCUUUAAUGGAGAUUAGUGGUUACAAUCCUAAAAGACAGGAGUUUGAUAUUGAAUACGAUAAUGAUGCUGAGAAAUUGCUGGCUGAUAUGGAAUUCAGGGACUCUGACACAGAAGAGGAUCGUGAACUUAAGCUACGAGUGCUGCACAUCUACAACAAAAGGUUGGAUGAAAGGAAAAGAAGAAAGGAUUUCAUACUAGAAAGAAAUUUGCUGCACCCAAAUCCAUUUUUCAAGGACCUGUCUCCUGAAGAGAUAGCACUAUGCAGGAGGUUUGAUGUCUUCAUGCGAUUUCACUCAAAGGAGGAGCAUGAAGACUUCCUUAAGACUAUUGUUAAUGAGCGCCGAAUUCUGAAAAGAAUUCAAGAACUAAAGGAAGCCAGAGCUGCUGGUUGUCGUACAUCAGCCGAGGCAUACCGAUAUCUUGAACAGAGGAGGAAACGGGAAGCUGAAGAGUUAUCCCAAAGAGAAGACAAAGGUGCUCAAGUUGGGCCAAGCAGUCAAGGAGGUCCAAGUGCAUCUACAGGACAGGGUUCAUCUAGCAGUUUCAGUGUUCUAGACAUUAUGGGAUUCAAGGAAACGGAAUUAUUGUCUGAAUCUGAGAAGUGCCUAUGCAUCGACACUAGAUUGCCUCCACCUCUUUAUCUAAAGAUGCAGCAAGUCAUCUCAGAGGAGAUCUUCAGGGGCAAGGUCACAAAGAAAUCGGAUGCUCAUCGCUUGUUUGAGAUGGAACCGUGCAAGAUUGAUAGAGUUUAUGAUAUGCUGGUGAAGAAAGGACUUGGCCCACCAUGAGACCCCAAUCAUUUUCUUGACAAUGUAAAUUACUCUGUAUGUACACACCUUUCUUCAUUGAAAUGAAUACGCUACCAAAAAUUGAUUCAUUGAUGGAGAAUGGAUGAACUAUGUACAAAAAAAGUAGAUGAAUGAAUCAGGCCACUGCCAAUGAAAUUAUUUCCUGCAG